AUGUUGUAAAACACACGACUGCUAUUGGAUGGACUGCAUAAUUAUUAAGAAUAAGCAGAAGGACACUGUCAUGCAGCAUCUCUCUCAGCUCUGACUCUGCAAAGCUUUUAUUUUGCCAUUUCUGCUUUUAUUUUUCUGUGACUCCGGUUGUAGAUCGGCCAGCGAGGAUGCAGGUAAACACAUGAGCAAGGGCAGAGAGAUACAGUGAGAAAAAUGCAGCAUUCAUCAAGCCGUCAUGAUUCUACAGCAGAUGUUCCAGUGAAAGGAGGAUGCUGGAGCAGCAUGCGUUGUUGUCAUUUGAAAUCACUCUGAACUGACAUCAAAUACAGAGGCUCGAACGGCAGGCGCUCAGCUUUGACCAGAUGUCAACACAGUCCCAUGCUGCACUGCUCACAGAAUGGACUCAAACGGUGAUGGCAAAGAGGAAUGGACAGAGGAGCAAUGGGAGAAAUGGCUGACCCAUGACAUAGGCUUGGAUGAAUUUGAAGAUGAGGAUCUGUCUGAAAUCACAGAAAUCUCUGAUGAAUUUUCACUGAGGUCCAGACGCAAGGACUCUGACAUCAAGGAUCAUGUGAUCCAGGCACCCAAUAGCGGCCCGGACAAGGUGGAGGCAGGCGCAGCGGGUCAGAUCCAGGCAGAGACGCAUCCUUUACAUCUUACUGAUGCUGCUGAUAGAGUGGCUUGUCGACACGACGGCAAAGCGUCUAUGGAUUCUGCCGUUUCUGUCAGCAUGGAUACCUACCGUCCAAAAAGACCCACCACUCUCAACCUGUUCCCACAGGUGCCACGGACUCAGGACACUUUAAACAACAACUCAUUUGCGAAGAAGUACAGCUGGCAGCAGAAAAUCUCUCAGACCUUGCCGCCCCUCAAAACAGCAGGUGAACCACCUCGUGAACACUCGUGUUUGAGCGAUGAGGAGAAGCACCAGCCGGGACAGAGUCGGACUCAAAUGAAAGACUGCGGCACCUCUACUGACAAACCCAACAGCUGCCUCUCCAAACACACUCAAGCUCCUGCCCCACCAUACAAAGCCAGAGACGUGCACAGAGAACCAGGCCACUGCGAGCGGAUCCGUUAUCACACGGACGUCCGGCUCGAGCCCACAGAGGAGAUUUUUCUAACGCCGAUACAGCGUUGCACCGAGGCUCUGGAGCACGAGAGAACGCCAGCGCUUUCCCAAGUAAUCCUAGACAGCUCUGACAACGAAGCUCCCCCUCCGUACAGUGAACAGGAUCUGCAGCCGCCUUCCUAUUUCUCCUGUGUGGAAGCUUUGGCCACUGUGGACCCUGAGAGUAGCGGUGAAGAAGUAACUGGAGCGGAAGAUCUGUGUUACAGAGACUGCGGCGCUGGCGAGGCUCAUGCUCGUCGUGAGAGUUUGUCGGGAAUGCUGCAGACUUCCAUGAGCAACUCAGAUGCGAGCGGACUUUCGUACGAUUCGGUCAAAUACACGCUGGUCGUGGACGAACACGAUCAGCUGGAACUCGUCAGCUUGAAGGAGUGUUAUCGCGGCUACAGCGAUGAAAGCGAUUCGCCCACCAUCUACGAUAACUGCGUCUCCUCUCCAUACGAGUCGGCUCUUGACAAAGAGUAUGAGGAGGAUGAGAACGAGAAUGAAGACAAGGGAAGAAAACAAAGCGGGAUCAAACAGGACGCUUCGACGUGUCUGUCAGAGGACUCGACCCCUGAGGCCGACAUGCAGUUCUCUCGGAAAUUUGUUAAUGUUUUCAUGAAUGGCUGCUCACGCUCCUCCAGUACAGAAUCGUUUGGCUUGUUUUCCUGCAUAAUUAAUGGAGAAGAGAGAGAACAGACACACAGAGCCGUCUACAGGUUUGUCCCACGUCAUGAUGAUGAGCUGGAGCUGGAGGUCAACGACCCUCUGCUGGUGGAGCUGCAGGAUGAGGAUUACUGGUACGAGGGCUACAACAUGAGAACCGGAGCACGCGGCAUCUUUCCUGCUUAUUACGCCACUGAGGUCUUCAAGGAGCAAGAACUUACUUUAAACGCAAAAAGUACUGAAUGGUUGGAGAAGUAUACCAUGAAAUUUCUCGGCUCGGUUCAAGUGCUGAAUCACAAAGGCAAUGAUGUUCUGUGUGCAGCUAUGCAAAAGAUUGCGAUGAACAGGAGACUGACUGUACAUUACAAUCCUCCCUCAACCUGCGUCCUGGAGAUCAACGUGAAGGGACUGAAACUCACAGUGCAGGAUGAUUUUGACAUGAGCAGCCAAUACAGUCACUUUUUCCAUUUGAAAAACGUCUCGUUCUGCGGCUACCAUCCCAGAAACAAGAAGUAUUUUGGCUUUAUCACCAAACAUCCAGCGGAUGAGAGAUUCGCCUGUCACGUCUUUGUGUCUGAGAACUCCACCAAACCGCUUGCAGAGUCUGUGAGAAAAGCUUUCCAUUUGUACUAUAAGGAGUUUGUGGAGGUCUCGUGUCCAACAGAAGACAUCUACCUGGAAUAAUCUCUGACUACAACACAGCAGUGUAUAUUACGACUAUGCUACAUGAAUAUAUGAAACAUAAUAAUAUGUGUAUAUAAUCAAAGACUAAUAUAUCUGACAAAAAGGACCAAACGAGAUGAAGAGUGACUGAUUGAGGGUUGUAACGUGAUGCACAUGAGCUGAUUUUGUGUUGGAAUUGGAAGAAGAACCGAAUGAAAAAUUGUACAGUUUAAAAGGCUGAAAUUAUUUUCCAGGAUGUUGAGGAUUUUGAAUGCUUUGGAUGAGGCUUUCAUCCAUUUCUGUGCUUAUGCUGCUGCGCUGCACUUCAGGCUUCAUAGAGGAUAUUUUUUCAUAGCACAAAACCAUACAUCUUAUAAAAUAUUAGUAAAACGUAUUAACAGUAACCAGCUUAAUGAGACGAACAAAUCUGCCAUUUCAGCUGUUUGUGAUGUCUUGGUGUCUGUUGCAUUUUACAGGUAUACCAGCAUAAUCCAUGUCUAAAACCUGCCUGUAAAGUGACGUUCGUGAGUGUUAUUCAUUUGAAAUGGUAAAAUAGGACUCCUUUGUUAGCAGUUAGUCACCAAAUGAAAGAGAUCUAUAAAUAGCAACGGAGGAGUUAUAGGGCAAUUUUACCGUAUUAAUAGAAGCCAUUAACAGUUGAUCAAAAAAUGUUUUAGAACUUUCAGUAUUCCUUUUGGAUCACGGCAUUCCCUCAUAAGUGCAAUGGAAAUGGUUAACAAAAUAAUACAAAUAAAAAAUACUAGUGCCAUGGAGUUCCAGUUAAGGUCGAAGGUAAAUGACUUUGGAAGAGCUGCUUUUUGGCUUGGUUUUAAUAAACUCCUGAGGUAUUUCUUGUGAAAGCAGGACCUUGUUACAUCAGUAUGAACAAAUGAUGUGCUCAUUAAAGGCUUGUUCAGCAAGGAACACUUGUAGAUCACUUCUUUUAUUUAGAUGCCAAUAAACUACAAACUAAGUAGGGUUAAUGAAGAUAAUACAAGUAUAAAUAUAUUCAUGUUUUCUAUAUUUGUGUAAGCCUUAUGAGUCAUUAUAAACAAUCCUGUCAAAUUUAAAUCAAUGCUUUUUAAACGCUAUUGGAGCAUAUGGAACAAUAUUUAUGAGGCAGUUCUUGUCAGAUUUCAUUGGUGAUUUCAAAUAUGACGUGUAAUCCUAAGCUUCGUGAACAGUUUUGGAGAAUUUGAUGUUUCCUCAUUCACUUGCCUGCCCGAGAGACGUUGCAAAGAUGGCCGCCGAGUGAAAUGACUUGCCUUAAAGGGGUCAUCGGAUGCAGACUUGACUUUUUCAUGUUGUUUAAACAUUGUGUUGGGAGUGUAUGUACAAAUCUACCCUAUAAUGAUAAAAAUCCAUGCAGUGGUUUUUUUAUUAAUCUAAAUAAAAGCCGGCUAAAUGCGGUUAAAGUAAACAAGAUCAUAAUUCCACAGAGAGAAGAGAGGGGUGGGGUGAGCAGAGCUCAUUUUGACAAGGUAAAUAGGGUGUUGUUUUACACAACCACUGAGAAUUUUUAAUCAAAGUAUAUUAGAGACUUUUCAUUAAGACCCUAAAGAAUCAUAUCAACUUGUGGAAAAUGGGCAUCCGAUGACCCCUUUAAGGGACUUUGCUUUAUAUUGCAAUGCAGAAGUAAGCUGUUUUCUGUGAAUGAGUGAAUCUUCCAUUCAUAAUUAGCUGUAAGUAACUAGAAGAAUACCAAAGCGCAGUAAACAGUAAAACUAUUUGCACCACUAACCUGUGUGUUUAUGGUAAAAUAUGAAAAUAUGAUAACAAACACUACUUUGCAAUUAAGCAACAUAUGAGGCUGUUUUUGUACAACUAAAAAUAACUUGAAGCAAAUGAUACCAGAGUCCUGCACGUUUAAAUUACAUGGUGCAUUUACCAUAAAAAUAAUUAUAAAUGAUAUAAACGUUGUGAUUAUAAAGUCAGGAAACAUGUGUCAGUUACACAGCAUUUUAUUAUACUUAUAACACGUCAAAAGUUUAUUUUUACCUGCUGUUGCAGACUUUAAGUAGGCUAUAUUUAUCACUGCAGCAAAGCGUUGAGCCUUUUAGCCAAUCAGAGUUGAGCGCCUAAAUGUGAAGGCCAAUCAGACACGUUUCAAUUAAUUACAACGCAGAGGAUUUGCUCAAAGUGCCAGUUUUGUUUAAUGCUUUGGCUUCUUAAUUUUUAAGUGGACAACAUCCAGAUGUCCUGCAAUUUAAUACAAAGUGUAAACUGUGCCAAUUCUCCUCUUCUUCCAGUAAGAGUGGGCACGGCCAUUUGUCAGUUUUAUGGGUCUGGCUUCUGGCCUCAUCUAUGUCCAGCUAUUUUUAGCUGUACAAAACACCUCGUCUUGCAGUUUUACCAUUUACUGCAUGUUAUUCUUCUUGUUAUUUCCCUAUAGCGAUAGAGAUGUCUCACCCAUAAUCUUAUUUUCUGCUUUAAAGAAAAAGGUGCAUAUAAUAUGAUAAAAGCUGAAUUCACAGCCUCAUUUUAUAAGUGAAAAAUUCAAUUUGGCAUCUAACCUGACAAAGGUCUGUUGAAUUAUCAGUUCACUGCUUCACUUUGUCAUCACUUAUGAAUUAUUCUGUUUUAAUAGCUCAACAGACUCAAGGAUUUGUUCCAUCUGUAUGUGACAAACACAUUUAUUGUAUUUUAUACAAC